UCUCUUCCCUUCUCUCUCUCUCUCUAGCUCAUGGACCCGCCGAUCUCUCGAGCGCCGCCGCCGCCGCCGCCGCCCGCCCCCUCGCCGACCGCAACCGAAGCCCCCGCCGCGACGGCCGCCAGCAAAACCCGAGACCGGGACUUCCUCCUCCACCUCGAGGCCUACCUCGCCAGGCGAGACGGCGUCGACAAGGCCCUCAAGAUCUCCAGGUACGCCGCGAAGAUCGCCCUCUCCUCUUCCCUCCUCCCCGAGGCGGCCCUCCCCCUCCGCCGCCGCCUCAAGAGCUUCGAGUCCAGCGUCGGCCUCAGCCGCAAGGCCUUCCGGCUCGGCAAGUUCGUCCAGGACGUGAACGCCCUCCGGGCCUCGCCCCUCGGCUCCGGCCACGACCUGUUCCUCGCCCUCGUCGCCUACGGCGGCGAGGGGCUGUACUACUUCGUCGAGCAGUUCGUCUGGCUGGCGAAAUCGGGCCUCAUCGACGGCCGCCACUCGCCCGUUCUCUCGAAGAUCAGCGCGUGGGCCGAGUUCGUCGGGUACGUCGGGAGCGUGAAUCUGAAGAUUAGGGAUUUGAGGCGGUUGCGGGAGGACGAGGCGUGCGUCGAGUCGAGCAUCGAGAUCGCGGCGUCGAGGGGGAUCGGUUGCAAGGAGGAAGAGCUGAGGCUGAGGAAGCUGAGGGAGAAGAAGCUGAUGAAGAAGCUGUCCGUGGUCCAGGACCUGGCCGAUGGGUUGAUGGCCCUGGCCGACAUCAGGGACGGGGAGGGGCGGCUCUCGGGCCCGCUUCUGGUGUCGUGCGCGGGGCUCGUGUCGGCCCUGAUCAGCACGCAUAAGAACUGGGUGUCUUGCUGAUCCUGCCGCCACUUCGCAUAGUGAGUUUUGAGCUGCUCUCUUCCGUUUUCAUGGCCGUCACAUGGAUUCCUUGUUUAGAAGGAAAGGAUUGGACAGGGCAAAUGGCAGAGAAGGACUAGGACUUGGAAUUGGAAAGGGAAAGGGGAUACAAAUAAGAGAGGUUUGUGUGCUUCACCAUCUUUUGAUAAAGGCAUAGUGGAUUUUUCUGUUUGAUUUAUGGGUUCUGAUGUGCAAACUGAGAUGUCAUUCUUGAGCAAUAUAGGUGCAAGUGCAAUGCCCUUUUUAUAGUUCUUUGUCGAGUAUGUUGAGAGUCGCACGAUUCAAGCCGCCAGGAUGAUGACAUUGACAGAGCAUUUCAUUCUCAAAUCCUCAGUCUGAACUUAUAUGUCAGAUAUUCGAUCAAGAAUGUCGAAUUCGAAUCGAAUCAAACGAAGGGGAAUGCGCAGAUCCUUCUGGAGUUCACUGAAAAGCAAUAAUUCUAACUCCUGGGUCGAUCUCCCUGAAGGAACUUGGCAAACUUAUCUAAACUAGCUAUCUUUAAAUGAUGUUUCUGGUGGCUGUAGAUGAGUAGGACUUGCAAAAUGAAUCUGGUUUUGAGUUAUUUGCAACACUGACUAUUAUCUGUAACUGUAACCUCCAGGACAUGGUGCUCUGGAUCUUGACCCCUCAUCCGCAAGCUAUGCACCGGCCUUCAUUGACUCACUUGUUCAUUAUUUUCUUGGCGUUCCAUUAGUAUCGUCAUAUUUAUAUCAUCCGAUUUCUUCUAUGCAUGCUUGGCUUGCAGGGUUUAACUAAAAUUGCUUAGUGUCAUUUGUCAAUGAUAGCUGGAGAGAUUGUCUUGAGCUCAGUGUUACAGGAUUUCCUUCGAAAGGAGAGACAGGAUAGGAUCUGCGUUAUCAAGUACCACGGCACAGGUUUCAGCCCUAGUUU